ACUCCUCCACAUUUCUUCGGUUGCCCUUCACUUUUGUCACCGCUUCUCAGACUGCGCUGUCACUAUUUAACAUCUGCUUUACUGUGGGCUUCUGCCUGACUCCUCGAGGACCUUUUCGACUUCCCCAUUACCUUCGCCCUUCCUCUUAAGCGGCGCGAAUUCCUCCCACAUGGAAGUUCAACGACUCCCUCCACAUCACCUGUCCAAAUAUCGAGCCUCGAGACCCAAAGGGUGACCAAACAACAAAAUCUGCGGUCAUUUGCAAUCAUUUAAGCAGAUCGACCCAAUCCGCCUUGCCACAAGAGUUACACCCAUUAUUUUUUGCGCCCUCACUAGAAUCAUUUUCAUAGCGUGCAACAUGCACGAGGACUUGCGCCGAAGAGCCCUCGAGAGCGGCAAGACCGUGUCCAACAAGGCCAAAUCCAAGCAGUCAUCAAGAGGAAGUUCGCGCGGCAAUUCGGCACCCAACUCGCGUAGUGCUUCUCGCAUCCAGAGCAGAGAUGUCUCGGACGACGAGGAUUUAGACAAGGGCAAUCUCAGUGAUGAUACUACCCAGAGUAUCAAUUCGAUCGACGCCCUCCUCGAAACCGACGACAUCAACGAGCAAACCUCGGACGUCGCUCGGCAAGAGUUGAACGACGUCAUCGCGGAACUGCUCGAUCGGAAAGGGAGCAGUCACAAGAGCAGGGAAGAUGCGCUGACUACAUAUGUCAAAUGCCUGACAUCGCACUAUCUGGCCGAGGUUCUCUACGGCCGGGUCGAAGACCUCCUUGGAGCGUUCAGCCGAAGCAUCAAGGCAGAAACGAGCGAGAAAGAAACGACGUUGGCCCUGAGGGCCAUGGCACUUACUGCCAUCACAUUCGCUGAUGGCAAUCUUUACGACACGGUCGCGGCGUCCUUGAAACGGGCCAUCUCCGAUUCGCGAUCCACAUCGGUCAAGGCCGCGGCAAUCUAUUCGAUGGGGAUCUGUAUCUCGUUUGGCGGGGCCGGAGAGGAAGAGAUUUUGGACGUCAUGACUUUCUUACUGGAGAUUGCGUCGAGCGACGGUGCGUUCGUUGACGCCGACGACAGUGCUGAAGUUGUCACCGCAGCCUUGAACACGUACGGGUUCUUGGCCACUCAAGUGGAAGAUCUCGAGCAUGAGUCGGAGGACGCGGUUGCGACAUUCCUCGACCAGCUUGAUGCUGACGAUGCCAAAGUCCAAGUAUCGGCGGGCGAGAACAUUGCUUUACUGUACGAGAAAAGCUACACACCACGUGAGGAAGACGACGAAUCGUCGUCCUCGGACGAGGAAAUCCCAGAAGACGAGCUGCCCCACGACCGGCCUCACAUGCGAUCCUACCUGGUCAAACGGUACAACCCGUACCACAACACGCACGAGGUGUUGGAAAAGGUGACGGCGCUCGCGUCGCUGAGCACCAAGUCGAUGAAUCGACGAGACAAGAAGGCAUUGCACCAAUCGUUUGCCAGCAUUGCGCUGACAGUGCAAGAUCCGCGACUGGGGCUCCAUUCCAACAAUGCCUCCAAGAUGGUGGUGCGGGUGCAUCGGGAAGGCGAAAUGCGGGUGGACAAGUGGUGGAAGCUGAUGCGGUUGCACGCCAUUCGCCGACUCCUUGCUGGAGGGUUUGUCAACCACUACUUUGAAGGCAACAAACAGGUGUUGGACGCGUUGCCGAUGAUCAUGCGGGGCAUUGGAAGUUCCGGCAUGCCGAGUCCUCGAAAGAUGGGCGGCAACAAGGUGCAGAAGGGCAAAUACCGCGACGUCCGACGCUUUGUGUCGGCCGAUGUGACCACGACGUGAGUCGGGGUUUGGAGAGAGGUUGCCGUCGGAGUGAGGCAGCGCGAGGGAUGGCCCGGUCUUAUCUUUGUUCAUUUUUCAUUUUCUCAUUUCCUAGAGCAUUUCCGAUGUACUUGGAUAUUUUACUACGAGUUAGAGAGACGAGAAUCAUGAUUGGCAGAAAGCCAGCAUGUUAUGACAUGAUUGAUUAUUAGAGACGACCCACGAGUAGUCAGUGUCGCAUGCAGAGAUCAAAUCGAGUAAAAGGCCGAUUAUGC